UCUUCUUCUGCCCAGAUGGACGUGGCCCUCUCCGGCCCGCAGACGCUCCCGGAGCCCCUGAGGAGGGGGACCCCGCUGCCCCUGAGCCAGCUGGUGGAGGAGAGCCGGAGCAGAGUCCCCAAUCAUCUGCUGGAAUCAAAAAUCUAUGCCAAACUGAAAAGCAACAGCCUGAUCGAAGCUGAGCCUCCAGAGCUUCACUUCAGUGGCUUCGAGCUCGGGAAAGAUUACGUAAAGAAUCUGAAACUAAUCAACGUCUCAUCUGAAGUUCUGAAUAUUCAUAUCCUCCCCACUAAGACCAGCUACUUCCAAAGUACUUACACCAAAAAGUAUCGACUCAUCCCGGGUCUCUCCUACACGCUGAAGGUCAGGUUCUGUCCCAACGAGUGGCGUUACUUCUACGACUGCGUCCGGGUUCAUUGCAAGGGGGAAGAGAACCUUUUAAUUCCAGUUCAUGCUUACCCCGUCAUCGAUGACCUGCACAUCCCUCCUCAUAUCCACCUGUCAGCCGUACCACUUGGUCAAAGUGUAACCCGAGUGAUUCCACUGAGAUGCAGCUGUCCCAUUGACUUCGAGUUUCAAGUGUUUGUUAUUCAGCCCCACGAGGCCUUCUCCAUCCAUCCCCUCACAGGUGUGAUACCAGCCGGUGGUGAGGUGAAGCUCACAGUGACCUUCAGUCCGCUUCGUUAUGAGACCUCUGAGGUCACCAUCCAGCUGGUCAUCUCACAGUUCAACAGCAAACCGAACCUCUGCACCAUCACUGGGAGCGCAGCCCCUCACUCAGCCCUCAGUCGGCUGGAGAGAAAGUUGGCUCAUGGAGACGCAGCGCUUCCAGAACACAAAGGCCGCUCACCUGUUGCCCAGGUGCCUCCUCUAAGUAAAACCAAGUACAGGUCGACCAAGGAGGCUGACAAAUCUAAGUCACUGAGAGAUCUGUCUACACUGAAACCGGCGGUGGACGUCUCUACCCCUGCAGGCGUCGCAAAGAUGUUGAUCCAAAACACCAAUAAACUCAGCUCUAUAGCCCUGAAGGAAGCCAUGUCGUGUGGCAGCAGCGGUCUGCAAAACAAGCAGAUGAAGGAGGCGCUCUUUGUGAAAAAGGUUCAACAAAACGUGAAGGAGGAGCAAGCCAACCUCCUCAGAUGGCAAGUUCACCUGGGUAGGGACCCCGUGUCAGAGCAAAGCAGGAGACAGAUACUGGAGGAGAGAGAGAUGGCGCUGCAUGAAUACACGGUAAAAUGGGGAGAUGUAUGGCAAGAGGAGGAGUUCCUAUCUGGACAAACCAAACUUUCCUCCACUCGUGUGCUGCGUGAAGCUGGACAGGCCCCAGAGGGAGCCCCAUCCUUCCAGUUGUCCUCUGGUUUCCAGUGGGAGCAGAGACAAAGAGCCCUCCAACUGUUCCAGCAGGCUGCACGCAAGGUUGUGAUCCGGUGCCGCAUCAACCGGAGACUGGCGUGUUUCCGGAAGCUGGUGAACGACAUGAGGCACCUGCCCGCGGCACAGAAAGCUGAAGAGAAGACGAUUGAUAUGAAGAUCUCACCGGACAGAGUCUUCCCAUUUUCUUUUCCCAUUUUCUCUGAUGAAGGUGACCCUCUGGCUCAAAGUAAUUUGGUCACAGUGCCUGUGGCUGCUAUUGAUGGGAGGGUGACAACACAUAUUCCUUUCUUCAAGCUUCAAGUUCCUCAGCACUAUAAGCUGAAGGGCUACCGGCCUGUCUCAACCUGGGAGGCUUUCAACUCUUAUACACCCUCGACUUUGGCCAGACCACUUCGCAGUGGAGCUCCGCCUGAGAAAGAAGAGGAUAUUGAAACAAACAAUGCCGUCAGUCUCAGCUUCACUGCUCCUGAAGCUCUGCUCAGACCUUUUCCAGCCAACCCUCUCAGAAUCUUUAACCCAGCUCCAGGCCUGCAGACUUACAAACUGACCCCUAAAUACCUGGAGAGUGAUCUGGAGUUCCACCUCUGCCCUCUGCCCAGGUACAUCGUCCCUGAGAGCAACAUGUGUGGCUCCAGACCACCAUCUCUGCACACUCAGAACGAGUUAAUGGACCGCAAGGAAGUGAUAGAAGGGAUUAUGACAUGGAAGAAUUUUGAUUCGAUGAACUUCAACUGUCCGUCCACCGGCAGCUGUGCCCUGCGCAGGUCCGUCGACUACAACACAGACAUACUUCCCCUUACAGGGCCUCCUCCGCUCACUGCACUUCCUGACGAUUUGACACCGCUAAUGGAUAAACCGUGUGAAUACUCAGGAUUCCAACUGACACCAGAGAUGAUCAGAGCGCAGUUUUUAUCCAGAGAGGCCCUGGUCUCCCAUGGCAACCUCACUGCUGGAGCAACAGCCAGGUACAGUGAGUCCACUGGCAUGACGUCUACGUGACUGAGACAAAGAUUAUUCAUAUGUUCACAAUGAAGAUACGAGAGAUAACAUUGAGCUUUUAGGGAGAAUGUUUGUUUACCUGAAGCUUUUCCUGUGCAAUAAAAAGGAUGAAUACUGUUCAGCACACUGCAGAUAGUGGAAGUUGGAGUGGGCAAUAAAUAUGUUGUACUUUUAGUUUUUCGGAGUGGAAGUACUCAGGACAAACCAAACGUGAACAUAAUGAAUGUCCGUAGUGAGUUCUUUCAAACAUUAGCUUCCUUUCAACUGGAACACACUGCACGAUGCUACUUUUGUUAUUGAUAUGUUGUUUUAUUGUAAGUUAAUGGGUGUCAUGUAUUACAAUCAAAAAUGUGUCGUAAUAAAUGACUGUUAUUUUUUGAAA